CAUCUGUGCUGCAGGGCUAUAAGGCUCUAUGCAUUGCUCGACGCGGCUGAUCGCAAGGUGAAUCUCCAGCGACACGAAUCUCCCCAUGGCCAGGGCAGAGAGUUUGCCGUUGUGGAAAAAAGGAUCUCUGGCCAAGGCAACAUCUUCUAGAGUUGUCUGGGGUCAUGUCCUACGACGUUGCAGAAGAGCACACCAAGCUCAAGCUCGUUCUGAUUCAUGCCCAUCACAGCAGCACCGGUCCCCAAAAUGGCCCCAGACUGCUGGUUGGGCCCAUUCGAUUUGUCAAUCAUGAUUGUAACCCCAACUGUGAGGUGGGUAUCAUGAUAUUAGUUUAAACUCAGUGAAUUACUCAGAAUUUAUGUAGUUAGUUGCUCUGGCAGGUACUCCUGCGUUUCUGCUGGCCACCAAGAAGUUCAUUCUCAAGGGGCAGUCUUUGCUCUUGGACUACGGCAAAUCUGAUCUCACACCCUGCUCUUGUAAGACAUGUUCCAAGACAACUUCGGCACCGAGUACACAUCUGCAAACUGGUUCGCAGCCUGAUACAGCUUCCUCCGAGCCAUCUGUACCGCUGCCCUCCAGCACUGAUCGCCCCAAUGUUUCUGCAUCGCGCAAAAAUAAACGAGACCGCCUACAUGCCAGGCAGAAAGCAAAUCGGAAGAAGGGAAAAUGCUUGUCCCAAGGCGCACCCCCGGACAACGUGGGCAACCAGGAAGAGGACAGCGAUGCUCAGCCUCACCGCAAACGGCAGAAACACAGCCCUUCGAGUACGUACCUCCUGUGC